ACUACUAUGGCUACCACGGGUGACUGACACAAACAUACAAAAGUCUCAGAGGAGUCAGAGAUGUACAUAUAUAUAUUUUAAGUGUGUAAGUGUGGCGAAACUACUAUUAGAAGUAUUUACUUUUAUUGUUUUUAAAAGAUUAAAGGUGCAUAAUGUCUGUGAACAUAGCACGCGAGCUUCCUUUCCUGCCCGGAAACACAUUCCGGGACACAACGAAGUCUGCCUUCCAUCGAGCACAGACUUUAUCCUAUAAGAAUGGUUACGCGCUUCCCAUCCGGCCCAAAGUGGGGAUCGGACAGCAGCCUUUAUCCUCAGAAAACCUUCUCUAUAACAAGAUGACCCAGCUCUCCAUCCAACCACUCAUCACCUCACCCGAUACGUCCACACACACUCCUCCAAGCGACUUCAUCCCAGCCCACAUCGCCUACGACAAGAAGGUUCUGCGUUUCUAUGGCUACAUCCAGGAGGAGGUGAUGGACUCGCCGGAGGAGCACUGGCGUGUGCGUCCUGUCGUGUUUUAUUACUACCUGGAGGAUGACACCAUGUGCCUGAUAGAGCCAAAGGUAGAAAACUCGGGAAUGCUGCAGGGAAAACUGCUCAAACGCCAGCGGCUGCCCAAGAACAAGCAUGGAGAACACUACCACUGGAAGGACCUGAACAUUGAUAUGGACCUGUGUGUGUACGGCACCGUGUACCGAAUCACACACUGCGACGCCUUCACCCAGGAGUUCAUGGAGAGUCAGGGGAUAGCCCUGAAUGACCCUGCGCCGACCCCCAGUGACCCCUACAUGACCCGGCGAGCUCAGCCUGAACAGACUUUUGUUACAGUGUCAGAAUAUGACCGCCUCAAACAGUUCCUCACUAUGGACCGCAAGGUGCUGCGUUUCUUUGCUCUGCUGGAUGACUCAGACUCUCUGUAUGGUGGGAAGAGGCCUGUAAUCAUACAGUAUUAUCUGGUGGAUGAUUCGGUGGAGAUCCGUGAGGUCCAGGAACCCAAUAGUGGUAGAGACACGUUUCCCCUGCUGUUGCGGAGACAGAGGAUUCAUAAAGACAUCAAACCAGCCUCCCAGCCGUUCCCUAGCUGUAUUUUCGAAGUGACUCCACAUGAAGUUGCUGAGUAUUACUCUCCAAAGGACUUCCGGGUUGGGGAGAAGCUGAGGCUCAUGGGAAAUCUCUUCCUGCUGUAUGAUUGUGACGAGUUCACCCAAAAGUUCUACGAGCAGCAUCAUCCUGACAUCACACUCAAGCCCCUCCCACUGGAGAAAAGGCCUGAGCAAGACUGCAAGAGGGUGAUCCCACCAUACAAUGGCUUCGGGUCUCUUGAGGACUCUCUCCAAAACUGUCGUAAUCUGAUUCCUCAGCCGCCCAAAAAAGAUCUGAUAAAACUGCUGGAAAAUGACCACAAAGUGCUGCGCUACGCUGCCAGACUGGACUCCCAGAAUCCUCAGGACGAGGGCCGGCGCUUCAUCCUCCACUACUACCUGUCUAACGACACGAUCAGUAUCCAUGAGAGGCCCGCUCGCAACUCGGGCAUCAUUGGAGGAAAAUUCCUGGAGAAGACUCGUGUUCCCAAACCGGGAAGCAUGGUGGAAAACCCCGAGUACUACGGACCAGCUGAUUUUGCUAUAGGAGCCACGGUGGAGGUGUUUGGACGGCGGUUCAUUCUGACAGACGCUGAUCAGUACGUACUGGAUCACCUCGAAUCGGUGGCAGAACAGGAGCGAAUCCCAGAGCAGACCCUCUCCUCACUCCGCCAAGCUCUGGGGAAGAACCUGAACACACCCUUAGAUACAGAGCUUACACACUCACCCUGAAGACUGCAGCUACAGCACGGACACGUCUUUUACUCUUUUCACAGAUCUCUACUAAUAUUACAUUUUCAUACCUGUGUGAACCAAAUAUGUAACAUGUAUUCUUCUCUAAAGUCUUUAUAUCUUACAGUAUGAUUCUACAUUCUUCAAGUUCUCUCUUUUUAGUGAUAGAAAUAUUCCUGUGGAAAUCACUGGUUUGUGAUCUGUGUGAUGGGAAUCAAUUAUAUAUAAUGUCUCUAGAUGGGAAUCGUAUACAGUAAGGAAGGAAUUAAAACCUGUAACCAGUGGCAAGUUGCUGCGGUGUAAAACACUUCAGGAAGUGCUGUUAUAGUAAUCCGUCAACUUUUGGUGUGGUAACACAGCGCCUUGUUGAUGAUUAUCCCACAAAAGCACAUCCUGAAGUGUUUGUCUGAAGGUUCUCAGUCAUCCAGGUCAUCAUAAACCGUCAGUGCUAAAGAAGGCAACUGGACUUGCUUGAAAUUCAGAGGAAGUGGUCUGAAGGCCAAUUUAUGCUGACAACCCAGUCCUCGCAGAUGGCGUCGCAGAUAGCGUCUGCGUAGCCCCCCCACCUUCGCAGACGCUCUGCGUGCACCUCCCAAAAAUUGUGACCACCGCAGAAGCCUCGCAGACAGUGUCGCAGACAAGAGGGCUCUGAUUGGUCCACUCUACAUCCGCUGUACACGCACUUCCGCUUCCCUACUUUCCCGGUUUGGUUUGUUUUCAUGACCGCUAUCUUUAAAAACACGAGCGAGGAUGGAGCAGCACGAAGAGCGGUUGAUCGAGGAAGUGAGGAAGUACGUACAUCUAUACGACUCCAGUUCUAGUCAUUAUAAGUAACCGGAGGAUAAACACUCCACUAACCACACCCACCAACUACUCCUAGCGAUUUCGCGACUUCGCGCCCCCUUGCGUUGUGGCGGUGAAUAACAUCGCGCACGCCUAUUACUCCCCGCUCAACGAUAAAUUACAACUGUCUGCGAAAGCCUUGUCGCAAGAGCAUGCAGAGGCCCUGAGGCUACAUCCACACAACAACGGCAACGAGAUGUUAUUUAAAAAAAAUAUUGCGUCCAAAUGGGCAACGAUCAGUAAAAUAUCAGGUCCAUAUGGCAACGCAACGCUUGCUGAAAACAAUGCAAUACACAUGCCACACCUCUAGGGGUGCUGUAAGACGGUCCCUUCGGAGACACCAGAACAAUAGAAGAAGUAAGGACGCAUGCGCAUAAACUAUUAUGCGCGAGACUUCAUAUUAGCCACAAAGUCAGAAAAAUCUGUUCGUAAAAUUACGUUAUA